AUGGGUCUCCUCGCCAAGCUCGUGCUGCCGGAAAGUAGCGGGCCCAAGGCGGCCAAGCCGACGCCCAUCGUCCAGCUGCCGCUGAGCGCGUGCCUCAAGUGGCUCAACCCGCGUCGGGCCGCACUCGGGCUGCCCAUUUACGCCGACAAUCCGUCCCAUAGCAAAGCCAAGGUGCUGCCGAUCCCACCCGUCGAGCGCGUCCGGAGCGAAAUCAUCGAUGCGGUGCAAAACCGCACCUUUGAACAGACAGUCGUGGACGACCCCGUCGUCGCGGGAGCGGGCGGGCGCCUCUACUCGGCAACGAUUGCCAUCACCCUGCGCAAGCUUGGCCAACACAAUGCGAUUCCGUACUCGGAUAUCUGGACAGCGAGCUACCACGGACGCCAAUCCGAAGUCGAGCACUACAUUGGGACGUGUGGCAUCGAUCCCAACCUUGCCCAGUUUGGGUACCCGUACCAGACGCCAUUGCACUGUGCCGUGAGCGGCGGUGCCACGGCAACCUACGCUACGUGA